AUGAGUAAUCAUGAACCCUCCGAAUCAAGAGGCACUAAAAGGGAUUUUAGUACGGCAAUUUUAGAACGCAAGAAGUCGCCGAACCGCCUGGUCGUGGACGAGGCUACUAACGAUGAUAACUCCGUCGUCUCCAUGAACCCGGAAACGAUGGAGAAGCUGAAUAUUUUCCGGGGAGACACUAUCCUCUUGAAGGGAAAGAAAAGGCGGGAUACAGUAGCUAUAAUCCUCGCCGACGAGACUUGCGACGGAUCGAAAAUCAGGAUGAAUAAGGUGGUCCGGUCCAACCUCAGGGUCAGGCUCGGAGACGUUGUUUCAGUUCACAGUUGCCCUGAUGUCAAGUACGGGAAACGAAUUCACGUCCUUCCAAUUGACGACAGCAUUGAAGGAAUCACCGGAAACCUGUUUGAUGCGUAUUUGAAGCCUUACUUCUUUGACUCGUACCGACCCGUCAGGAAGGGUGACCUUUUUCUGGUCAGGGGAGGGAUGAGAAGCGUUGAAUUCAAGGUGGUCGAAACCGACCCGGCUGAAUAUUGUGUGGUAGCUCCUGAUACGGAGAUCUUUUGCGAGGGCGAACCGGUUCGAAGGGAGGAUGAAGAAAGUUUGAACGAUGUCGGUUACGAUGACAUUGGAGGCGUUAGGAAACAACUGGCGCUGAUUCGGGAAUCGGUUGAGCUUCCAUUGAGGCAUCCGCAGCUCUUCAAAGCCAUCGGGGUGAAGCCUCCAAAAGGGAUCCUACUUUACGGUCCUCCAGGAACUGGGAAGACAUUGAUUGCCAGGGCUGUGGCUAAUGAGACUGGCGCUUUCUUUUUCCUUAUCAAUGGUCCCGAAAUUAUGUCGAAAUUGGCCGGGGAGAGUGAAACAAACUUAAGGAAGGCGUUUGAGGAAGCCGAAAAGAAUGCUCCGGCUAUCAUCUUCAUUGACGAGCUCGAUUCCAUUGCUCCCAAGCGAGAGAAGACCAACGGGGAAGUAGAAAGAAGAAUAGUUUCACAGCUUUUGACACUUAUGGACGGACUCAAGUCCCGUGCUCAUGUCAUCGUUAUUGGUGCUACAAAUCGUCCCAACAGCAUUGAUCCUGCCCUUAGAAGGUUUGGGAGGUUUGAUAGGGAAGUAGACAUUGGUGUUCCUGAUGAAGUCGGCCGCCUUGAGGUUCUCAGAAUCCACACCAAGAACAUGAAGAUCGAUGAAGGUGUGGAUUUGGAAAGAGUUUCUAAAGAUACACAUGGUUACGUGGGCGCUGAUUUGGCAGCUUUGUGUACUGAGGCUGCGCUUCAGUGCAUCCGGGAGAAGAUGGACGUUAUUGACUUGGAUGACGACUCCAUUGAUGCCGAGAUCCUCAACUCCAUGGCGGUUACCAAUGAUCACUUUCAGACUGCUCUCAGCACAAGCAACCCUUCUGCCCUUCGUGAGACGGUGGUUGAAGUUCCGAAUGUCAGCUGGGAAGAUAUUGGUGGCCUCGAGAGUGUCAAGAGAGAACUUCAAGAGACUGUACAGUAUCCGGUCGAACAUCCCGAGAAGUUUGAGAAGUUUGGAAUGUCUCCGUCCAAGGGAGUCCUCUUCUACGGGCCGCCUGGAUGUGGUAAGACUUUGUUGGCCAAGGCGAUUGCGAAUGAGUGUCAGGCAAACUUUAUCAGUAUCAAGGGUCCUGAGCUGCUUACCAUGUGGUUUGGAGAGAGCGAGGCCAAUGUCAGGGAGAUUUUCGACAAGGCUCGACAAUCGGCUCCUUGUGUCCUUUUCUUUGAUGAGUUGGAUUCGAUUGCGACGCAGAGAGGAAACAGUGUUGGCGAUGCUGGAGGUGCCGCUGAUAGAGUGUUGAAUCAACUCCUGACAGAGAUGGAUGGAAUGAACGCCAAGAAAACCGUUUUCGUCAUUGGCGCAACCAACCGACCCGACAUAAUUGAUCCAGCGCUGUUGAGGCCUGGAAGAUUGGAUCAAUUGAUUUACAUUCCGCUCCCAGAUGAAGAUUCACGGCACCAGAUUUUCAAGGCAUGCCUCAGAAAAUCCCCUGUUUCUAAGGAUGUGGACUUGAGGGCUCUAGCCAAGUUCACUCCAGGAUUCAGUGGUGCUGAUAUUACAGAGAUUUGCCAACGGGCCUGCAAGAAUGCGGUAAGGGAAAAUAUCGAGAAAGGCAAGGAAAAAGAGAGGAAGAGACUAGAAAAUCCUGAUGCUAUGGAGGUGGAGGAAGAAGAUGAAGUUUCCGAAAUCAAGGCAUCUCACUUCGAGGAGUCAAUGAGGUUUGCCCGUAGAAGUGUUACUGAUGCGGACAUACAAAAAUACCAGGCCUUCGCCCAAACUCUCCACCAGUCUAGAGGUUUCGGCUCCGAAUUCCGGUUCAACCAAACAUCUACCGCGGACGCCGGGACAGCCGCAGCUGACCCGUUUGCAAUUUCCAAUGCUGGAGCUGAAGACGACGAAGACCUUUACAGUUAG